GUAUUUUUGCAUUGCUAAAGAAAAUGCUAUUUAAGCUCAAGGGAUCUUGCUAUUUCAGUUCAAGCCCACUUCGGUCCAGCUCCUUUUGAAACGACACGUGCCUCUCUUCGUAUCUAUAGGAAGACAAGAAGCUGUUGUUACGUAGCACUGGAACUCUCAGACUCCAAAACGGUUUGUUGAUUUGUUCAGAAUUCAGAUUUCAGAAUCAUUGGCACUCUCCAUUACUCGAAGCUUUUCCAUCUCUUGUAUCUCCUGCGAUUCCGAAAUGGAGGUCUCUUCGUUUUCGGCAAAACCGAGAGUGUAUUUUGGUGGCUCUUCCUUCAAAGAGUCAGUACCGCUUAAAAGGGUUAAACUUCCUGCAUGGCAUCAACGUUUCGUGCCCAUAUCAUCUAAUGGAAGAACAAUGAAAUCAUUGUUGGAAUGUACUGUUCGAAGGGAAACCUGCGUGAAGGUAUUUUGCUGUCAAAAGACAGAAAUUUCUUUUGUAGCGGCCAGGUCUAUGAUCGAGAUAUAUGAUUCUUUGGCAGAACGGCUUCUUCCUACAGCAGCGGUAGCAUCAAAUCCUAAUGCAAAGCAUAUUGUGGCCUUGGCUGGUCCUCCUGGUGCUGGGAAGAGCACUUUAGCAUCUGAAGUAGUGCAACGUGUAAACAAGUUAUGGCCUCAAAGAGCUUCUGCAUUUGACGAGCAAGUUAAUCCUCCAAAUGUUGCCACAGUUCUCCCCAUGGAUGGUUUCCAUCUAUAUCGUUCUCAACUGGAUGCUAUGGAGGAUCCAAAGGAAGCCUUUGCAAGAAGAGGAGCUCAAUGGACAUUUGAUCCCGUGCCAUUACUUAAAUGUUUAAAGACAUUGAGAAGUGAGGGAUCAGUUUAUGCACCAUCAUUUGACCAUGGAGUUGGAGAUCCAGUUGAGGAUGACAUCUUUGUCAGCCUUCAGCAAAAAGUGGUAAUAGUAGAAGGGAAUUAUCUGUUACUGGAAGAAGGGGUUUGGAAGGAUGUGUCAUCCAUGUUUGACGAAAAAUGGUUCAUCGAUGUUGACAUUGACACAGCAAUGACACGAGUGUUAAGGAGACAUAUCUCAACAGGAAAGCCCCCAGAUGUUGCUAAGUGGAGGGUAUGUCUUAACAUUUUCUGAGGCCAUAAACUUAUAGAUUAUAAUGAUCGACCCAACGCCGAACUUAUAAUGAAGUCCAAGAAAAAUGCAAAUUUAGUAAUCAAGUCAAUCGAUUUCUGAAGUCAGAUGUGCCUCAUAAAGUGAAAAAUGAGGUCAGUUGAAUCAUCCUUCAUCUACUUGAUCCAAAUUGAUCAAAGUUGGGAGGUAGUAACCAUCCUUUUCUUUGAUAUGAUGUCUAUAUAAUUAGAUUUGUUAGCAGAGGAUCCAUACAUAAAUUAUUUAAAGUUUCUUGGAAAGAUGAGUUAAUAGAACAGGUUGAUCAAUUCUUUCCUGUUCUCAUGAUUCAUCUUCUUCAUUUUGUGAGAAAAUAUGAUUAAACAAAACUUAAUCUUGCAGUUAAUGAUUAUAGAAGAAUACUAUGAGCUCCUCUGUCACAUUGAAUACUAUUAGAUGUGCACUUGAGUCAUCAUU